AUGGCGGAUAGUUUCUUAGGAGAAAUUUCACAACAACAAGUGGACUCAAGCAGGGAAGACACCUGGAUUUGGAAGCCUGAAACAUGUGGUUAUUACUCAACAAAAAGUGGGUAUAACUUGAUAUGGGAUGAAACAAUGGGAGCAAGUCUGAAUUCUGACUUUCAGGAUUUAUGUAAACUCAAAAUUCCAGCAAAGGCUGCCGUGUUUGUUUGGAGGCUCAUCCGAGAUAGAGUACCUACAAAGAAGAAUCUUAGUAGAAGGCAGGUGGUAAUGACUGGCGUGCCGUGCCCGUUUUGCAGAAACAGAGAGGAGGAGGCUGCACAUUUAUUUUUCACUUGCAGCAAUAUCCUUCCUCUAUGGUGGGAGACAAUGGCCUGGAUAAAGUUAUCAACAACAAUGCCCCAACACCCUAGGGAUCAUUACUUGCAGCAUGGACACGGGGUUGCCGGAAGGAAAAUGUCGACAAGGUGGAAGUGCUGGUGGAUUGCAUUAACAUACACAAUCUGGCAGCACAAAAAUAAAAUAGUCUUCCAAAAUGCUACUUUUGAUGGAACUAAACUGAUGGAUGAUGCGGUUCUUUUGAUCUGGACAUGGAUCAAAACCAUGGAGAAGGACUUUGGAAUGCAUUUUAAUCAAUGGUCAUCGAAUCUCAAAGAUGGGUUUAGAAGCUAG